AUGGCUUCUUACAUCAAAUCUAGUCGUCUUUCGUUGAGUAGUGUUCUUGUCAUUGUUCUACACAUUGCUCUUUUCGGCAAUAAUGUUUGUAAAGCUAUUGUACCUAAUGGAGGUGCAGGCUUUAUACAAACGAAAGGCGCUAACUUUGUUUACAACGGUUCACCUUUUCUGUUUAACGGUUUUAACGCAUACUGGAUGAUGAAUGUUGCCACUGAUCCAAGUGAGAGGUUAAAAGUAAGCCAAGUCCUACAAGAUGCCGCAAAUGCAGGGCUUUCAGUUUGUCGCACUUGGGCUUUCGCUGAUGGAGGGGAUAAAGCGUUACAGAUUUCACCAGGAGCAUACGAUGAACGUGUAUUUCAGGCACUGGAUUUCGUGGUUGCAGAAGCAGGAAAAUAUGGUGUUCGGUUAAUAUUAAGUUUCGUGAACAAUUAUAAAGAUUUUGGAGGGAGACCUCAAUAUGUAGAAUGGGCUAGAAGCUCAGGCCUGCAGAUUCGUGACGAUGAUGAGUUCUACACGAACCCUGUAGUCAAAGGGUAUUACAAGAAUCAUGUUCAAAGAAUUAUAACAAGAGUGAAUACAAUCAACAAAAUCGCUUAUAGAGAUGAUACGACAAUCAUGGCAUGGGAACUCAUUAACGAGCCACGUUGCCAUUCUGAUAACUCAGGAAGAACACUUAAUGUUUGGGUUCAAGAAAUGGCUUCGUAUGUUAAGUCGUUGGAUGGACAGCACUUGUUGGAGAUUGGCAUGGAAGGCUUUUACGGAGACACGAUGCCUGAACGAAAGGAAAUAAACCCCGGCUAUGAAGUUGGGACCGAUUUCAUUAGCAACAACCUUAUUCCCGAAAUUGAUUUCUCCACAAUCCAUGCAUAUCCUGAUCAAUGGCUUCCUGGACAAAGUGAAGAUUCACAAAUGGGAUUUAUGCAAAAAUGGAUGUCGAGUCAUUAUGAAGAUUCAAGAAAUGUCAUAAAGAAGCCAUUGGUGGUAGCCGAAUUCGGAAAGUCAAGUAAAGAUCCAGAAUACAGCGUUAACAAAAGGGAUUCAUACAUGAACUCUGUUUAUAGAAACAUCUACAUGGAAGCAAGGACCGGCGGGACGGUUGGAGGUGCUCUAGUGUGGCAGAUUAUGGCCGAUGGAAUGUCUUCCUACGGCGACGGAUAUGAAAUCAUCUUGGCUGACAGUCCUUCCACGGAUAGCAUCAUUUCGCAACAAUCUCAUACCAUGACCACUUUAUCACAUGUGUUGAAAACGGGCCGACCUCAACAUGUGCCUGGAGUAGAAUUUGAUGAUGUUGAAGGUCGUCGACAUCGUCAUUCAUCCACGAGACAUCAUCGUCGUGGUAGACAUCAUCGUCACCAUCACCGUCAACAUGCCCAUCAUGCUCACAAUAGAAAGACGUUGCCUUAA